UCAGUUUUUUUAAUAUAACUUAUAAAGUGCAUUUAAGGCUUUUAAUAUGGGUGACAUGUCCAUGUAAGUAUGACCUGGUAAGAGGAUUUGUUUUUCAGAGCUGCUGGUUUUAUUUCCUUAUUGAAACUCCACACAUUCUAAUGUUGCAGCUGUGGUAUCAGAAACAUGUUAAAAUCUCAUAAAGUUAUUAAAAUAGUUUGAAAUGUUCACUUUGUCAAAUAUUACAAGAUCAGUUUUGCAUCCCAACGACUUUCAAAGUAGUUUGAGCCUCAAAAAUUCAGAUGCUAAUCGUGCAACUUUAAAAAAAAGGAAAAGCAGAGUGACAGCAGACUUCCUCAAAUGUUUCACAACACUGAGAUGUGUGAUAAAUGAGACACCACAGCACAUCCAGACACAGGGGUAGAGACGUCGCACCGUUGUCCAUUAAACUCAAGUCUGAUGGAAGCAACGAUGCAUACCAGCACUCUGAUCUACAUCCUGUUUGAGGCAUUUCUCGCCGUUUGCUGCUGUCUUGGAAAUAUGUUGGUGAUUUUGGCUCUUUGGACCAGAAAGUGCAUCAAGCAGCCGACUUACUGCCUGAUUGUGUCUCUGGCUGUGGCUGACUUCAUGGUCGGGUGUGUGACCAUACCGUUCGCUGUGGUGAUGGUUGUAGAAUUGAAGACUUCGUUUCAUUGCUGUCUCUUCCUCAGCUGUGCGGUCAUCCUCUUCACCGUUGUCUCAGUUUUGUGUCUUGUGGCCAUCGCAGUGGACCGAUUCCUGCGGGUCUACAUCCCUCUAAGGUAAGAAUCUUUCCUGGAUGGUGAAACAUGAAAAUACUGUGAAAAUAACCCUUUACCAACAAUGAUGACAUGAAAUUUGUGUUUCUUAAAUCUUCAGGUACAAAAGGACGGUAACGAAGAAGCACUCCUGGCUCGUGGUCGCAGCAUGUUGGUUCAUUUCCAUUCCUCUGAGUUUCACACCUAUGUUCGGAUGGUACAACCACCAAUCCUUAUUAAAGACAGCCAACUCUACGAUGAUCUGCCGCUUCAAGGAUGUCAUCACCAGCUCCUAUCUGGUUUACUUCAACUUUUUCCUCUGCACCCUCGUCCCUCUGCUGGUAAUGAUUGUACUUUACGGCUACGUCUUCUGUACGAUUCGUGGAAGCCUCCGAGAGAAACCCGGUAACGGUUUCCAACAGCAGUGUCAGAACUAUCUGAAGAAAGAGCGAGACCUGGCCGGAUCCCUGGCUCUGGUUCUGGGUCUGUUCGCCCUGUGCUGGCUCCCUCUCCACAUCACGAACUGCAUCGCUUACUUUGAGAGUCACGUAUCGGGUGCAGCGUUCUACUUUGGCAUCCUUCUCUCUCAUGCUAACUCAGCUGUGAACCCGAUUGUGUACGCGUUCAGGAUUGAAAAGAUCAAGACGGCGUACUUUGAGUUCUGGAAACGGAUGAUUUCCUGCGGGAAAGAAAAGCAAGGGUCUCAGUCCAGCCAGACAACUGAUGAUAAUCAGAGUAAUAAUGCGAACAGUCAGGCUAACCAUUUGUGAACUCUGACAGUUGAGCCGCUCGCUCGCACACAUCACAUCACAGCAAAGAAGAGAGGAAGAAAACAGGAUUUGUGGUUUUGUGAUUAAAGAUCUCUGAAUUUCUUUCUCAUUUCUUAAAGGAAAACGAUCCAGGUUCUCAGACGUUGAGGCUGACAGAUACAGCAAAAUAAUAACUGUUAAGAAAAGGGUUGCAGAUGGAUGAAGAAUUACAUUUUGAUGUUACGUUUUGUGUUUUCCACAGUUUGUAGUUUAAGCUAUCAGUUCUACUACAUUCACAAUAUCUGGUAAUGUUUUCAAGCUUGCAGGACAGGAGCAGAUAUACUGACAGUGUUUGUAUCCGUACGCAUUAAUCUAAUAUAACUCAUAGAUAAACUUUUACAAGACCACUCUGAAAUGAGGUCUGUUAAAAAAAACUAGGGCCUUCAGGGGAAGUGUCAUAUCCGGUUUGAACAAAAGAUCUUCAAGAGGCACCACCGUAAAGACAAAAGAAACCACAUUCAAGGAGAGAGAAACCACAUUCAGAGCUGUUAGAGGACAACAGCGGACAGCUAGCUGCUCACAAUCGUAAUUCUAACCCACCACACUCCUAGUAUUCAGUAUUUUGGUCUUUAUAUAAUCAAGUAACUCGACUGAAAUGUAAAUCAUAUAAUGUAGGGAAGUUAUGAUUUGUUGUAAAAAUGUUUAUUCUGCUGUAAACGUUCAUUUUUAUUUCAAACAGCAUGUUGAAAAAUCAUGUCUUUUUUGCAUUUGUGUUGUAUAUUUUAUUUCUGUUUAAAGACAAAAGUUAUCAUUAAAGUGAAACAUUAACAUGAAACUUCUGAAAUCUCUCUGUGUUUGCACCUCUGAUCUGUGUGUUUUUAGAAAUGUUGUUUGUGUGUUUGAUAUUUGGACAGAUAGUGUGUGUGUGUGUGUGUGUGUGUGUGUGUGUGUGUGUGUGUGUGUGUGUGUGUGUGUGUGUGUGUGUGUGUGUGUGUGUGUGUGGUUAUUGCGAAAGCUGCCUACAAGAGGAAAAGGCGAACUUCCACUUGCCUUAAAAGUGAGUUUCACAUCGCUCUUUUCACUUUCUGAUAAAGUUCCAGUUUAUUAUGUAUUUUAAAAGAAAGCCCUACCUUGGAAAUCACCUUUAUGCAGCUUUAAGUUGACUAUGUUUGACAGCAUUACUUGAUGCAUUUUUUAAUCAUGUUGUUGUAUCAGUAAAACUGUGUUGAAAUGACAAAAAAGGCGGAUUUGCAGUAAACAAUGCACAGUUGUCAGAUAAAUUACCACCAUAAGCAAAAGCAUUUUGUUUCUGCAUUUUAUGCUCUCUGUUCAUGCAAAAAAUACUGGUAUGACUGACAUAUGCUUUUCUUUUUACCUUCUAAAUCGUUUUUAAUGCUUUUUACCUCCUGAACUGUUUUUAAUGUAAAUGUAUUUUAUUUUGUUUAUUUUCUUUUUAUGAUGUAUGGCAGUGUUAUAAAUGUCUGUGCCUGCUGCAACCUGAUUUGCCCAUUUUUUGGACAAAUUAAAGUUGAAGUGAAGUGAAAGCAAACACAGCACAACAGUUUAAUUAUUUUUAAUGGUAUUUAUUUCUCAACAAGCACUUUUAAAAGUAAGUUCUGUUUUCUAAUGCACCAGUUAAAAUCAUAUUUAUCUGGGUGCAAAGCUUUUAUUUUGGUAUUACAGGAAACUAUAUUUCAACAGGCUACAUUAACUAACACCAACCUAUUAAUCCUAAAUGUGAAUGCACACCACUCAGUCUGAAACUUUGCAAUAAUAUCAGUGUGGUGAAUGUACCAAACAUGUGGCAAAUAUGUCAAAACCAGUUUCACAGGCUGGACGUAGAGAAGGGUUCAUUAUGUAACUCUUAAAAAAAUAUAAUUUUCUGACUCGAAGCUUUUCCCCUAAAUUAAAAUAAAAAUUUAAGUUUUACUUUUAAUUUCCAGGUACAUGGAUGUCAGACUGAAUGAAAAAAAUUCACCCUUGAUAAAAGUUUUGUGUUACAGUUUUAGAUCCACAAAAAAGUCAAACAUUUAUGUCCUUUUUGUUCAGGAGUAUUUUCAUUCGUCUGUCACAAGAUGGCGUCAGAGUGACUUCCUCUACACACUCGCACACACACAUAUAUAUACAUAUGUCUGAGCCUCGAUCCAAGCUCUCAUUGUACCUCUCAAGGAAGGUAAUAGACUGUAUAGUUAUCACCUGAGCAGGAUUUAGUCCAUUCUACAAACUAUACAACCUACUACCUCACCUUGCAAGGCUCAACUUCAGGCAUCAGUUAAUUAUAUUCAUUCAAUAUGCACUAAAUUUAAACGUAGAGUACAUGAAAAUGACCAAAAUAAUACAUUAGUUUGUUUUAUUUUGAUAGCAUCUUCUCAGACUAAAUUUUGAUUUCCGCAUUAGGAAAAUAGCCUGACAAACAUAGGAGCUUUUAUUUUGAAAAGAAAUUUGCCGGAAGUACAAAGAAGAGAGGCGGGAAAAUGGAAAUACCGUCGUAAAGCAACCACAAAAGGCUAAUAAAUGUGGAUAAAACACCUUUUUGAUACAACCUGAAGGUUUGUCCAUGAUUGUUAACAGCUGAAAUUUUAAAUGAAGUAACUUUGGAGCCUUUUUUGUCGAUUUUUUAAGUUCAGUUAAGUGUUUAACCAAGUAAGGAUGUUAAAACCAUUAAGCUUUAAGCUAAAAGCAUUUAAGUUAGUAACAGAUCGAACAAAGCAGCACUCUCUGAAUCAGUGUGUAUUUAUUUUACUUAAAAUGUCAGGGUAUACGUGUGCAUUAAUAAUACGGUGUUAAAAAUUUAUUUUAUUUUAAUUUAGGUUAUUUGGCUCCAAGUUAAAAACAUUUCUCUUUUCAUGUGCUUAUGGCUGAGCUCUUUUUAUUAAUUUUUAAUUAUCUAUUGCACCUGCUUUUAACUUUUUUUGUUAUGGUGUUCUUUUUAAAAAAUGUUUUGUUUUUAUGUAAAGCACAUUGAGUUGCCUUGGUAUGAAAUGCACUAUAUAAAUAAAAAUGCUUUGUUUUGAAAGGAGCCAUUUUAGGCUUAUUGUGAUUAGCUAAAGUGCUCUAAUUAGAGGAUGUCAAAUUAUAAAAAACAAACAGUUGAAUUAUUGCAUAUUUAAUGCGUUAAAUUUAAAAUUGCCCGAAGGGUUAAAUGCUUUAUUUGAUGAAUAUCAGACCAAACAUGAACUAGGACUGGUAUCACACACCUUUACCAUCAUGUCUGGUGUGUCCAUAAAACUACUGCCUCAUCUACAACUUUCUACAACAAAAUUUUCUUAAAUCAUGUUUUCUGAGUCUGUGAGUUCAUCCCGUUAUCUUCCUCAUUCCAGCUGAUCAUCCCAUCUCUUCAGGAAAGACAGUAGAUUGAAAAGUUAUCUCAGAGGGAGGAUCCAAACCCCACAACUAUUCAAUCUACUACCUCAGCCUCAAGGACAGAAAACGAAGCAGAUACCAGAGGAAACCGGUCAGCUGACCUGCGAAGCAAAAGAGAGGAUUGGUGAGUCUUACAGUCGUGUUUCUCAUUGGAACGGGCGCCACAAUUCAAAGUAUUUUACCUUAUCUAGUUUCUCAGAAAAACGGACAGUCUAAUCUUUGGUUUCUGUCUGAGCAUGGCAACAUAGAGGCCAGCAUACAAGAGAAGCUAUCAAUUAGCUGGGAGUCAAAAUAUGUGAAUAAAUACAUAAAUACACAGCAUCUUAAAGUGUCCUGCAAGAGCGCCAUGUUGAAGACCAAAGAAAUCUACGUCAGGGUGAGAGAUGACUUCACAUCUGCAGGGCUUGUCUCUAACUUUUUUCACAUGUGCUCCUGAGUUGAAAAAGUAAGGAGCACACUAAGAACUUUAGGGGCACAAUGAAAAUUGAUCAAAUACUGUUUGUCUUAUUGGUCGACAUAAGUACUGUUUGGAAUCAAUGUUAGGUCUUUUGGUCACAUGAUGUGGAAGCUAUUGAAGGAAAUGUUCAAAAUUUGACUUUAAAUUUAACACAAAAAAUUUCUGAGGACAAAUUAGGGAAAUAAAGGGGUGUGUCUUACUGUCCGACUUUAGUGUUAUUAUUUGAGAUCGACUUUAGGUUAAUUGGUCACAUGACAUGGAAGCUACUGAAGGAAAACAGCCUUUUCUGAGAACAUCAGAGAGUGAGAAGACACCGGUAGAUCCUCAAUGAAUGUCCGUCAGAUAUCCAACCUAAAACUAACUUCACCGCCGUAUUUACAUGAAAAAACAUUUGUUGCUUCGGCUGAUUUUUUUAUGCGCACAUGUGACCCUAAAUACAUUUUACAAUUCGUACACAUCUAUUUUUAGGCGCUAAUUCUAGUGAAACGGUCCCACUGUCAAGUCCUGCAUCUGCAACCACUUUUCUGUCAGAAUAUGCACGACCAUUGACCUGAAGUCUGAGCGGCUGAUUGAGUCGAGGAAGCCACCUGAUGUAGAAUUAGAGGCAGACAUACUUUUCACUGUAGCAUGUGAGUGUACUGAGUGAUAUCGGGAUCCACUUGCAUCUUUUUUGUAAUCGACUACACAACAGACCCCAAGUCUGAUCUCGCUCUACAUCCUGUGAGCAGUGAAUGGAAGGGGGAUGGAAAAUGGCAGUACCUCGGCCAUUUUAUGUGCUUGUUUGGCGCCAGCACUAAACAUCUGUGGUGCAACCUGUUAACUUCUCCUCCAUUCAGGCCCGGCCCCGUAAGAAAGGCUCUCUUUUCUCACCAGGAUAAUGGUUCAUGCAGUCUUUGAACCGACUUACAAGUCCUCACACAGAAAUGUAGUUUCAGAGUUCUGUUUUGCUGAUUCAUUAAAGUGUGCCAAGAAAUCCUACAUGUGAUAUUGUCUUUGCUUGAGAUGGUCUGAAAGAGUCUUGACUCUUGGAAAAUCGCCCCCUUUUCGCUCAAAGUGAAAGCCACUUCAAGUCCAUUGAAAAUGAAGUCUGUUUACCGUGCCAGCUCAAGUCUGGGACGCAGACUGGGCAGAGCUGUCUGAGCCCCGACUGUGCCAUAUUUUGGCUUCGCUGACUGAGCCCAGACACUGUUAUGGUAGACAACGAUGGUCAACUCAUGCAAAGGCUGGGAUGAUUUGCAUAAAUUAGCAUGUGAACCAUGGUCGCUGAAAGCCGGCUGGGCAGUUCAUUAACAUUCUGAAUUCCUCUUUGGCCUAAUUAAUGCCGACAGUGAUUGAAAUGUUUUGGCAGGCUUUGUGGCGGCGGUGCCAGGGCAUGCUCAUCGGGCCAUAAUGAAACGGCGCAGGGGCAUCAGACAUUGGGAGGCCUUAAUUGAGAUGUUGAAUUAAUUAGAAGGUAAAUGGUAUCAAACUCCUCAAACUGGACGGCCAAUUCAGAGAGGACAGCGUUUCCAUAAAGUUGUGUAGACUUCUAUAAAUAUUUCUCGCUGUAAUGGGCCGUCAUGCGUAGUUCCCAGGGGGAACACCUUUGUAGCUUUGGAGCUUCAGACACAGAAUUAGCUUCACAGAACCAGGUACUUUCUCCCACAUACUUGGAAUUUCCCCAAAACACUUGAUUCACCGACUAAAGAGGAAUCAACACAACGUGCACCAUUUUCCUACGGUGGCCAUCUGCUGUUAAUGUCUUUGUCAGAGCGUUAAUGUUCAACACAGUUACAGUGCCCAGCUUAAGUCAGUACACCUCCUAAUAAAAGUCAUGUAUUACUCAAUAUCUAGAUGAGCAGAAGUACAAUUUCCAAAGUUUUGACAAAGAUGAGUUUAACAUUUUAUUUACCAUAACAUGAAAAUAAGGGUGAUUUGGUCACUAAAAUUUAUCUUUGCUCCGAGAACUUUGAUCGGGGUGUUCUCAUUUUUGCAUGAAAAAAAUACUUUUUUGUCUGCAAAUUAAACAAUCUUGUUUUCAGUCAAUGGUCUACAUUUGGAGAAGUAUUUUGUUGUCUAGUCUGACAUAGAAAAUGUUGAUUUUAGUGGGGAACUAAAGGUUUUCUGACAACUCUGAAGGGGUGUACUCAUUAAUGCUGAGCACUGUUCGUCCCGGGGUUAUAAAUUGUACAAGCUUUGACAAUCUGAUGAAUCUUUGUCACUUUACUGGUCUCUUAUGAACAAGCAGCUACAUCCCCAUGGAUAAGGAACAUUUGGUGGUAUUUCAAAUUGAAAAUAUAUUUGACAAACAUCAGAUCACAGCUAGUGAUGCAGCUGAUCCCUCGUUGGAUAAGACUGCAGUGUUUCGGUUUAAAAAGUAAAACGGCAUCAGACCGAAGCAUCAGACUGAGAGUCGCCAAUUAGCACGAUCUCUAAUUAAACAGAAAAAAAAACAGUUGGUCUUACCUGCAUUAUCAGGGAUAUAAACAUCCAUCUGUUUGCAAAAUGAGAAAUCUUACUCAUGUUGUUAUUCUCUUUAAACAGAUCAGCCAAAAGCCAACUUAAUACGACAGGAUUUAGAGGAACGAGUUUCUGACGGAUACAACAACUGAAUCAAGGCUGAUGUCCCCUGAGAUGUUGAAGGUAAGAUGCACCAGAACUCAAACACUGUAUUCUUAGUGAAAGAGCUAAGUCAAUACUUUAGGCUACUGAGAUUCCUGACCCAGAGUAAAACGGUUGACACGCCGCGCUUCUGGUUUCUUACUCUACCGUAAGUCUUUAAUGAUCAGUGAAAGUCCGGACGCUGUUCUUCAGAUAGAGCGAACAAAAAUUGAUUGAGCAAAUUUAUCGAGCAACGCUGAAACACCUUAGGCAUACAAAGUGAACUGCAACUCAUGAUAAUGUAUCACAUUAACAUAUUUGGCUCCUACAGUCUGCCUCACAACCAAUCAGGUUGGGUGAUAUUUUUAUAUUACAAAUAGUCAUCAAUAACUAAUAGCUACUGACUGAUAUUAAAAGCUUUUUUUGCAUAUACACCACAAAACAAGAUACUUCUUUAAAGGAAUCCUGCCUACCCCACCUUUAAGCAUCUUGAGUUAGCAUUUGUUAUGAAAGGUCAGUUAUAUCUGCAGGCAUAAGCUUAAUUGGUAUCAAGAGUACUUCCAGUGUUCUCAGUGUUUAAUGAAAUAAUCAGUUGUUCUAAUUUACCCAUCUGUUCAUCUAUCUCACUUUGUUUAAAGACUGUUGAUCUGUUAAAACUUUAGGAAGGCCACAGGCCAACAGAACAAGUCAAAAAGAUACAUUUACAUGUUAGGAAUCAGUCUUGCUUGUCUAACUCCAAAAUAAUUAUCUGACAUUCAUUUAAAAAUCUCUUUAGAUAUAAACAGUUUCCUGUGUAAGUCCAUAUUGGUGGGUGGGUAACAAGAACUGAAGCAAACUCUCAGCACCCCCGGAAGUAAUGGUUUGACUCUGACAUCUCUCAGCUAUUGAUGAAAGGAAAAUGGCUGCUCUGUUGCAGAGUAUAAUGAUGAAUAGUGCAAUCUACCCAUGACCUUCAUUUAUAAGUCACUCUGAACUAUCAACAUGCCAAUCAACAGAUCACAGAUCACUGACACGAUCAUUCAAACCGAUGUGCCCGGAGCAACCCGCCCUGGGUUGGCAAAAACCUGCAACUUAUCACAGACAUUUGUGUUGCCAAAUAAUUCAUUGCGGAUUAAAAAAACUGCGAAUAUAGUAGACGAAAGCUUAAAAAAAGAUACCCAGAACAAGUUGGCGUUGGUCCAUGAUGAUCGUCGGGAUACAGGGGACGACUGUGAGGGAAAAGACUGAGACUGGUUCCUCUAAGCGCUUCUUUUCCAAUAUUUGGUGCCAAGAAAUGGGCAUUGUCUGCGUGCCAAGCUGAAUCUCAAUGAGACGAAAAGGGGGUGAUGUCGUGGAUGCAGCAUGGCAGAACCCACCGCUGAGGGGGGAGGAGAGUAUUGGCAGCCGAGCAAUGGGAGGAUGCCAUGUCAGAGAAGAGGGUAUGAUACCGCACAAUCAAGUCUGGUGGCAUAGCUCGCUGCCAGAUGCUCAGUGCAGUGUCCGUGCUGCGUGUGAGCGAGUUAAUCACACAUCUGAAGAAAGAUCCAUUGUUUCAUAAGCAGACUU